CACACACACACACACACACCAAUAAUUGACAUGUAGACUACACACACACGCACUCUCACAUGGUGCACAUAUACAAACACGUCAAAUGGAGCGGGUGGAGAGAACGCACACACCACCUGCUCAUGUCACACAUUUGUGAGAGAGAGAGAGAGAGAGAUAAACCGAAGAGGCUCCACACAGGAAUGGCUCUUUUUUGUUUUUUUUCUUCUCGUCCCAACACUCGUCAUAACCACCCGGGGGGGAAACGCAUACUAUUCCCACAAAGCAUUUUUCCGUCUCCCUCCAAAAACUGUUACCCCAACCUCACCUCACCCCAUUUGGUUAUCCGGCCUUGGUAAUGUUGCAGGUCUCCCCGAUGGCAAAGUUUGUCCGGUGCUGCUUUGUCGACUUCUCCAGUAUGAACCUGCUCUCAGACAACUCGUUUGCUUCAUUGGUUUUGCCAUGUGGUUCCUAUUUAGGCUGUGUCCAUUUUGAUUUGUUUUUGCUCUUUUUUCUUUUUAUUAAAAGAGGAAGUAGGGAACAGGAGGUGGUUGAGGAAUGAUUUAUUUCUGUCUGGUUGUAGGUGAAGAUUUGUGUGGGGGUGUCGGGGUGAAUAGAUAGUUGCAAUGAAGAGAGAGGGGGGUGCUUCUAAUGUGUGGGGGUGUGUGAUGUAUUGAACCCCUUAUCCGACCAAGACUGCUUGAAUACUCUAAAGAUGUCUCCUUCCCUUCCCUGAGGGAACAUCUGAUCUAACAUGGUUGGACAGGCUGAAGCAUGUAAAUCUCUUCACCGCUGCUGCCCAUCCAGUUGCUGCAGAUCAGGGAUUUCCCAGAGAGGAAAAGAGCAAGGAUGUGUAAGGCUGCAUUUUUAAGAGCUCAAGCAGGCCAAACCCUUCUUAAAUGGGCCUCUAAUGACCCGAUCUACAGUAUAUACCUCCAUUGUUUCUGGCUGUUUGCUCCAUGUAACAGUGGUGUACAAACCAUCUUCACACCACUGUUUAGCUCUGUGGGAGAGUUGACUUAGUAUUACUUUUUAAUUUAUUGACAAGAAUCACGGGCAAGAACGGGCAUUGUCAGUGUCCCAGACAGCACUUUGUCACGAUCGUAUAUCUGUUUGGUUCACAUGCUUGAAAGAGAUAGGUGUCCCCUGCGGUGUUUGUGUAAAGCUUGAAAGUGCCACUUUCUCUCCUCUCCAUCCCUCUCUUUUCUCUCCUGUUUAGUCCAGAACUCCCCGUUUGGGCACACCGGAGUGACGUUGGCUUUAUCAAAUGCCUUAGUAGUGCAUUGUUAUAAGGAAAUACAAAUAAAGGAUCACUGAAUGUUGCUUGAACCCUUGUCCCAAAUAAAUAAAAGAAGGUGUUGAUUCUUUAAGUUGUGGAGAAAAAAAAACUCAUUUACAUGUUGCAUUUUCAAUUGCUUGCCUCUUUGUGCACAUCUUCUUCCAGAACUGCCAAGCACAAGGAAUGCCCGUUUAAAAAAAAAAAAAAAGAAUUAUCGGUCUAAUUGCAUACUUUGUAGAUACAAUACUUGUUUGAUUAUAACUGAUACAGGUGGGGGAUUUAUGGGGCAGGCCCAGAUUAAUUUUAUGCUAAUGACUUUUUAUUUAUGCUUAUUGUUUUUAACGGUGUUAUGAAAUAAAAUAGAGAUGAAUCAGCGCAGGGACAUAUGUGUUUCUUUGAUGUAUGAUUCAUGUUUCAAACUGUCGAAACGGUAAUGAACUGUUCAAAUAUGUAAUUGAUGACCGAAGUAGCCUCGUACCCCUUCUGAACGGGCAAGGACACAAAGUCCAUGACGCACAGUUAACCACGGAUACUCUGCCGGCCGGCUAAAUCUGUCAUGACAGAUCCUGACUUGGCUUCUAACCUCCAUCUACUGUUCAGGUCAUACAAACAAGCAUCCCGCGGAGGCGUUUUAGUGCUUUUAGUACACUUUAGAUUUAGCCGCGGACUGGGCAAAUUAAGGCACUUGACUUGAAAACAACAGCCUUUCCGGUUGAACACAUACUUAGCCAACCAUUUAAAAACACAAAAGUUGGGAUUAAGUAUUUUUACUAUAUUUUAUUUGUCUUUAUUCAAUUACAUUGUCUUUAGUCCUGGUUUCUAUGUUUGCUGUACUUUACGCACGCGUGCCCUGACUUUAUGGGUAGCUCUUGGCGGCCUGUCGCUUGUGGUCCAUCACGGAUUUCAAGUGCACUGUGCCGAGUCCUGCUUUCCCUGUCGGGGGGCAGUGCUAACGAGCUCCGUUCUUUCCCGUUUACGGAUUUACCCCGGGGCGCCCACCACUGAACGCACCGAUGAGGCUGGAUGGAUUAAGCUAUUGCUUUGUGGUUGACUUCUGUAUGAUGAAUCAGUAUAAAGAGCUGAAGACUAUGGAUUGCCUGGUACUCAAUUUGUUCUAUAAAGACCCUUAUAUUUCACUGUGAACUAGAAGUUCAUUUUACCACAACAACGUGUGCCAAUUAAGGACGUGGGCCAAUUACGUUCCAAAAAUUUGUUGACUCAUCUAGUGGCUGCAAGCAAAAUCGAAGCGCCAUCCACACCAAAAAGAAGAAACCGCUCUCUGGGGAUUUAAACGACGUCAUGACUGUCACCUACACAGCGCGGGUGGCCAAUGCGCGCUUCUGCGGCUUCUCCAAACUGCUCCUUGCCUGGAGAGGAAGCAUAUACAAAGUUUUGUACAAGGAGUUCAUCGCCUUCUUCGCCAUGUACACGGCCAUUAGUGUCACUUACAGGUUCUUCCUUUAUGAUGACCAGAAGAGGUAUUUUGAGAAACUGGCAAUCUACUGCAACCAUUACGCCAGUCUCAUCCCCAUGUCUUUUGUAUUAGGUUUCUAUGUGACGCUGAUCGUCAACCGUUGGUGGAGCCAGUACACCAGCAUCCCUUUGCCAGACCGCCUCAUGUGCACGCUCUCGGGCGGACUACAAGGUGGAGAUGAGCGCGGGCGGCUUCUGCGGCGGACCUUGAUGCGCUACGCCAGUCUGUCCGCGCUACUGAUACUGCGUUCGGUCAGCACUGCUGUGUUCAAGCGCUUCCCCACCAUGGACCACGUCGUCGAAGCAGGCUUCAUGACCAGAGAGGAGCGUAAGAAGUUUGAGAGCCUCCAUUCUCCCUACAACAAGUACUGGAUACCCUGCGUGUGGUUCACCAAUCUUGUGGCCGUGGCCCGCUGUGAGGGGAGGGUCAAAGAUGACAGCACCCUCAAACUGCUGCUGGAGGAACUCAAUGAAUUCCGAGGAAAGUGCAGCUUGCUUUUCCACUAUGACAUGAUCAGUGUGCCUCUGGUCUACACCCAGGUAGUGACCCUGGCCGUGUACAGCUUCUUCCUGGUGUGUCUGAUUGGCCGCCAGUUCCUGGACCCCAGCCAGGGUUACCCGGGUCACGACCUGGACCUCUACGUGCCUAUCUUCACCCUGCUGCAGUUCUUCUUCUACGCUGGCUGGCUCAAGGUCGCAGAACAGCUGAUCAACCCCUUUGGAGAGGAUGACGAUGACUUUGAGACCAACUGGCUGAUUGAUAGGAACUUUCAGGUCUCCAUGAUGGCAGUGGACGAGAUGUACGCCGACCUGCCCAUCAUGGAGAGGGAUCGUUACUGGAACGACUCCAACCCGCGGCCGCCCUACACCGCCGCCACGCUCUUUGUGCUUCGCAAGCCCUCCUUCCAGGGCUCCACCUUCGACAUGGCGAUCCCUAAAGAAGAGAUGCAUUUCCAGCCUCUGGAGAACAUUGCUGAGAACCUGGAGGAGUCUGGCAAUCACCACCCCAACAUGGCGCUCUUCAACCGCCUUCUCAGCACCGCCCCCUCCCCCACCGGCCUCAUGGGCGGGGCCCUCCGCCGGACCUCCGCCCAGCUCAUGAGGUUCCGCCGCUCGCCCAGCAUCGACCCGCCGUCCUCCAUCGACGAUAACGAUGACGACGACAGCGGAGGGGGAGGGGGGAAGGUGGGUGCGGGUGUGUCGCUGCCUUCAGUGCUGGGCCAGGACACCCAGAGUACCCUGUGCAGCUACGGGGGUGGGAUCACCUCUCGUACCCCCCUCCUGGAGAUCCAGUUCGGGGUGGAACGGGACAGGCAAGGGGGGUCCCUCCCCAGCCAGAUGGAGGAGGAUGGAGAGGCGGAAGGGAGGAGUGGAGGUGAGGGCGAGGCAGAGGAGGAAGGCGCAGACGAGGGAGUUAGGGGGAGCUCCGUGCCCCUGCUCCCCCUUCCCCUCCAACCCUCCAGGGAAGCCCCGGUGAGACAACCCCAGGAGGAGACACCCAGACCCGCCUCGGCUACACCCUCCACCACCCGCUCCUCCUCCGUCCUGCCACGCUCCAGACCGGCCCACUCCACCCAGGACCUCCUCAGCACCCGGCCAAUUGGCGAGCAGAACAGAGGCACGCCCGGCAUUCUGAAGCGAUCCGUUGGUGGAGCCCAAAUGUCCUUCCUUACUGUCCCAUUGGACGAGCCUCAGCGCCUCCGCAGCGUCAGCAUGGGGUCAGAGUUUACCGGCUCCUAUAAUAUAAUUGGAUCAAAUCCCCUUGACCCACAAUCCUCAGCUUGAACUGAACAGGUAGUGAAGUGAACACAUUUAAGAUAACGUAAAGAUGUGAUGGACACAGUUAGAUGAAUGACACAAUUACAAUUAUCCACCGUGGUCACUCAUUUUCUCUCUUAUUGGAUAACUUUUCAUUUUUGUAUCAGACUCUCGAAUAAAGUAGAAUUCAAAGCUAAGAACUUAAGUAAAACUAAUCCUAGUUGUACUCCUGACAACUUCAAAUAAACUUUUCAAUAACAAGCACUUCA